GAGUCACUAAAGACACAGCGCAGCAGAGGGAGAGAGAGAGAGAGAGAGAGAGAGAGAGAUGAGAGAGUAGUUGGAAUCAGGAGGAGUAAAACACAUCAUAAUCAUCUCUCUGUCUGUGGUUUCUCCUCCUCCUGCAUGUAGUCCAGCUGUACUGAGCUGUGAGCUCGAGCUCCACCAUCAUUCGCCUGUAAGCAUCUCUCUCUCUCGCAUUUUCUCGGGAAUGUCGCUCUGGUGAGGUGUUUGUUCGUGAUGUUGAUGAUGGUGGUCGGAUAUGAGAUACCGGUCAGAGGGUCACAUGACUGUUUGUGUCCAAGCGCUCUGGGAAGAGUUUGAGGAUAUUUGUCUUAGACUGAAAGACUUCAGACUGUUCACGCUUCUCUGAGUUAUUGAUGUGUUUGACUUGAAUGAAUGUAAAUCAUCACAGUUGUCUUCUUCAGACUCAGAUCGUGGACAGGUGAAGCAGUGUGAAAAUUGGAUUUCUGGAUGUUAUUAUUGUCAGAUGAAUGCAGGAGUUUUGACUUCACAGGAAUGGAGACGUUGCUUCUCAGUCUCUGCUGAACCGAGGUUUGUCCUCCACCGCUAUCGUCUGCACUUCUACUUCAUCUUCUGUCCGGUUUCAGGUCCGUGAACAGUCAUGACCAAAUCAUACGAAUUCAACUGGCAGAAACAUGUUCCAGAUUUCCUGAAGGAGGGAGCCGUGUUUGACCGAUUUGAUGAGGACCCCUUCGUGUUUGAGCCGAACUGCAGUUUCAAAGUCGAUGAGUUUGGCUUCUUUCUCACGUGGAAGAGUGACGGGAAGGAAGGUCAAGUUCUGGAAUGUUCUCUGAUCAACAGCGUUCGUCCCGGAGUAGUGCUGAAGGACUUAAAGAUUCUGGCAUGUCUUGAGGGGGCGGGGAAGAGCGAGGCCGAUCUUGAUGGUCGCAUCAUCUGCGUGUGCAGCGGACAGGACCUAGUCAACCUCAGCUUCAUGUACAUGCUGACGGACAGCGCAGAUACUGCUAAGAAAUGGAUGGAAGGCUUGAAAUCGGUGAUUCACAACUUCAAGGCCAAUAAUGUUUGUCCGAUGACCUGUCUGAAGAAACAUUGGAUGAAACUGUCCUUCCUAACAAACGUGAACGGACAAAUCCCGGUGCGAGGAAUCACACGGACGUUCGGCUCGGGUAAAACGGAGAAAGGAAUAUUUCAGGCUCUGAAGGAGCUCGGCCUGCCCAGUGGAAAGAACGAUGAAAUUGAACAUUCAGUCUUCACGUUUGAUGUCUUCUACGCCCUCACUCAGAAAAUUUGCCCUCGCACAGACAUAGAGGAGCUUUUCAAGAAGAUCAAUGGGGACAAAAGUGAUUAUUUAACCGUAGAGCAGUUAGUCAGCUUUCUAAAUGAAAACCAGCGAGACCCUCGACUCAAUGAGAUCCUCUUUCCCUUCUACGACCCCAAGCGAGUGAUGCAGAUCAUUGAGAAGUACGAGAGAGACGGAGACUUAAAGAAGAAAGGUCGCAUGUCUAGCGACGGCUUCUGUCGGUACCUGAUGUCAGAUGAGAAUGCGCCGGUGUUUCUGGACCGCUUGGAUAUGUGUCAGGAGAUGGAUCAUCCUGUGGCUCAUUAUCUCAUCAGCUCUUCACACAACACUUAUCUGAACGGACGACAGUUCGGCGGCAAAUCUUCUGUUGAGAUGUACCGACAGGUGUUGCUAUCCGGCUGCAGGUGCAUUGAGUUGGACUGCUGGGAUGGUAAAGGUGAAGAUCAGGAGCCAAUCAUAACUCACGGAAAGGCCAUGUGCACUGAUAUUCUGUUUAAGGAUGUAAUUCAAGCCAUUAAAGAGACAGCGUUUGCGACCUCUGAAUAUCCCGUCAUUCUCUCCUUUGAGAACCACUGCAGUAAAACGCAGCAGUAUAAGAUGGCCAAGUAUUGCGAGGAGAUCUUUGGCGAUCUGUUACUCAAGCAGCCGCUGGAGGGUUUUCCAUUAGAUGCUGGACAGCCGUUACCGUCCCCGAACGACCUCAAGCACAAAAUCCUCAUCAAAAACAAGCGCUUAAAACCUGAAGUAGAGCAAAAGCAGCUGGAGUCCUUUAAGAAGCACAUGGAAGCUGGUGAGAUGAGCAUACAGGCCGGAGAAGAUGACAAUGAUGAAGACCUGGAGAGCGCAGUGGAUGGUAAAGAGUUCAACUCUGAGCUGAAGACCAGUAACAAUCUGUCCAUGUCAGAAGAUCCCAGCGAGCAGAAGACUCAGGACAGUCUCAAGAAGAAGAUUCUUGAAGAUGAUGUGACAGAAAUAUCAGAAGUUACAGAUGUGACGGAUGUUUCUGAAGUGUCUGAUCUUGAUAACAAAAAGAAGGGAGGAGAAUCAGCAGAAGACGCAGAUGCAGAACAGCAACUGAUCGCCUCAUAUAAGUAUGAAGGAGCUACAACUAACAUCCACCCGUAUCUGUCUGCCAUGGUGAACUACGCCCAGCCCGUGAAGUUUCAAGGAUUUGAGGUCGCAGAGGAGAGAAACAUUCAUCACAACAUGUCCUCGUUCAAUGAGUCUGUUGGUUUGGGCUAUCUGAAGACAAACGCCAUCGAGUUUGUGAACUACAACAAGCGACAGAUGAGCCGGAUUUACCCCAAAGGAGGCCGUGUGGACUCCAGCAAUUACAUGCCUCAGAUCUUCUGGAAUGCCGGCUGCCAGAUGGUUUCUCUCAACUUCCAGACUCCAGAUCUGGGCAUGCAGCUGAAUCAGGGCAAGUUCGAGUAUAACGGCGCGUGUGGGUAUCUUCUGAAGCCAGAUUUCAUGAGACGCGCUGACCGGAUGUUUGACCCGUUCUCUGAGACUCCUGUGGAUGGAGUUAUAGCAGCGACCUGCAGCGUACAGGUGAUCUUACCUGACCUGGCUGUGUUGAGGAUCGCCGUGUAUGAUGACAAUAACAAACUGAUCGGUCAGAGGAUUCUGCCGCUGGAUGGUCUUCAGGCGGGUUACAGACACAUUUCACUGAGAAAUGAAGGAAACAAACCUCUUUCACUCCCCACUGUUUUCUGCAACAUCGUCCUUAAGACUUACGUACCCGACGGCUUCGGUGCAAUCGUAGACGCUCUUUCUGAUCCAAAGAAGUUCCUCACUAUUGCGGAGAAGCGUGCCGAUCAGAUGCGAGCUCUCGGCAUCGAAACGAGCGAUAUUGCAGACGUGCCCAACGAAAGCCUCAAGACAGAUAAGAAAGUCAAGACCAACGUUACUCCUCAGACGAGUUCAGAGAUGAACGCUGCACAGAACAACAUCACAGAGAACAAACGCGAUCAUUCUGCUGUUGUAAAUCAGGUGAACAUUGAAGAUCUGAAACAGAUGAAGAGCUUCAUUAAACUGGUGAAAAAGCAACAGAAGGAGCUCAACACCUUAAAGAAACGACACACUAAGGAACACAACGGCGUGCAGAAAUCUCACUGUACUCAAGUGGAUAAACUGGUGGCUCAACAUGACAAAGAGAAGUUUACUCUGGAGAGACUUCUGGAGAAAGCCAUCAAAAAGAGAGGAGAAAACAACUGCUCCGAGUUAAAGAAAGAAACCGCGAUAAAGGUGGAGAUGCUAACCACAGCCCAUAAAGAAAAGGUGAAAGACAUAGUAGCCCAGCAGACUAAAGAGUGGUCCGAGAUGAUCAACGGUCACAGUACAGAGGAACAGGAAGUGAAGGACGCCCAUGUGACACAGCAGUGUGAGGUCUUGAGGAAGCUGCUGGCCAGCGUUCACGAGCAACAGACGCUGCAGCUCAAACUCAUUCACGAGAGGCAGAGCAAAGAGAUGAAGGGCAACCAGGCCAAGACGUCCAUGGAGAACAGCAAAGCCAUCAGUCAGGACAAGAGCAUUAAAAACAAAGCGGAGCGCGAGAGGAGGGUUCGCGAGUUAAACAGCAGUAAUACCAAAAAAUUCCUGGAGGAAAGAAAAAGGUUGGCCAUGAAACAGGCGAAAGAAUUGGAGCAACAACAGAAGACACAGAGAGACCAGCUGGAGAAACUGGAGAAAUUCAAUGAGCAGCUUUUGAAAUCCCAUCAUGCCAAGUGUCCGACUGAAGGCCAGAGACCUGCAGAAGAUGCUGAAGCUGGAGGAGGAGAUGGACCGCAGACCAGCCACAGUGGUGUAAACCCUCCGAGCGUCAACUGACACCCUCACAGAUCUGCUGUUCCCUUUCACCUCUGCAGUCCUGUAACUCCGCCCCCUUCACCCUACCUCAGCUCAAACUCCACCCACUACCCCCCCCACUUCUGCAGCUGUGUCCAGCCAAUCGCCAGCUUCCAGGUCGGACCGUAGCUCCACCCGCUCCCUCCGGUUUGACUGCCGCGUCACGCGGCACCGUUCUCCAGCACAAGGCGUGAGGACACACACGACACGCACGUGCGCGUUCAUCAUCAUCAUCGCUGAGCUAGUAACCGUAGCAGCAAAUGGACCAAUCCGAUUAAGAGAAGAUUUAGUUUGUAUUGUGUGAAUGAAGCGCACUUUAUAUAUGUGAUAGGAUGUCUGCGGAUCUUUGAAUAUGUAGCAGAGCAUUACAGUAGCGCCUCUCUCUCUCGCUCUCUCUUUACAGUAAGAAUGUAAAGCGUCUCACACACACAAACACUGUAUGGACACACACCCGUCCUCAUUUUAUGUUUUUUAGAUACACGACACGCAGGCAGUUUUAUUCAGCAUUGGUUUGUUUUUAGAGGUUUUAAGAUGCCGUGGGUUGUGUACUGGACCUGUUUGAAGACCGUUUGGCUCCUGACAGUCCAACGUGUAUGGCCAGCGAUGGGUCAAAUCUUAAUAUAUGAUACUGAUGUCAUCACACGCGCUGAACUGAAUGUUCCUCUUGGACACUGAUUUUAUUUUCUGUUGAUUUUCAUUUGGUUUGUGGUGUUUGGGCCUUUCUGAGGGUUUGGGGAUGAAUGUGAACUGGUUCUAAUGGUUAUUGUAGGUUUGUCUCUUUUCUUUUUUUCAUGUUCAUGUUAUAAAGUGUUUGGUGGUGUCCCACAUAUCUCAUGUGAAAGCAAAGUGCUUGAAACAUUUUAAAACACCAUUGCAAACAAAUGUGCCACUAUAUGUCGGGUAGGAUGUUUAAAUUAUUUUACAAGCUGAUAUAAUGCCAAAAUAAGGGGUUGUUUCUAUAAAGAUACAUAUAUAAAUAUAUAUAUAUUAUGAAAUAGAGUGAGUAGUUUUAGACUAUAUUUUGUUUCUUAGAAGCUUUUUGCACUAGCUGAAUGUUUUCUGUUGAUCUGGUCUUCUGCAUCUGUUUCCAGACCUCUCGUAGCUUCUCUGUGGACCGCUGUGAGUGCUUUUGUAUUUCUAUAGUAUUUGUCAAACUUCUAGUAAUCAGAAUACUCAACAAAAAAACAACCUGUUGUUAUCCUGCUACUUUAAUACUGUUUUAUAGUAUGUGUACCAAUAAACUCUCCCAGGUGUUGAAUGAAACCU